UGAAGAAGCUUCGUAUUAUUUUGAUAAUUGAGAUGUAAUUUUGAGUUGCUUUUUUUUUUGUUUGAAGUCAUUUUUGCAAAAAUAUCAAAUUACGCGAUUCUGUAUGAUUCGUAACUUUUUGGAUCACAAACCGAAAAUUAAAACGAACGGAUCUUUAAUUAUUGAACUAAUUCGUCUCAAAUAUUGAUGUAAGAAAAACACGUUAACGAUUUGUAAUGACGAAAAAUUUCAAAUUAAUGUUGACCAAAAAAAUGCAUCCAAAAACGUUGUGAAAAGUAUCCAAAUUUUGAUGAAAUUCGUCGUAAGAAUGUAAUUUCCACAUUUAUUGAUAUUUUAUUUUUUUAAAGUUGAAAACAGGUGGAAUACUGGAAUCAUAUGGACUCCUCACUGACAAUAUUGGAUGUCCAUGCCCGACUUGCUCGUGCGCAGCAAUUUGCCUAUCCUUUUAGGGUCGAAAAAUUUCAAGCUUCUGGCCUGUACAAAAUGUUUAAAAAUUUCUGCCCCUUAAAAUAAAAAAGUAGGCAACUUUCAGAACAUGGCAAAUGAAGGGCAGAAAUCGCAGGAAGAAACCGGUUUGUGAUUGAGGGUGGCGACAAAACCAUAACGUGAAUCAUCGAAGUCCAAAAGUGACGAACAAUCAAUAAAGAGCACGAAGUUCAAAGUACCAAACCAACUGAUAGAUUUACGAAGCAUUGCAGAAGUUGAUGUUUAAAUUUAACUCGUCGUGAAUUAACGUGUAUUACUGCUUGAAAAUGGACGUACUCAAUAAGUUAUACUAUACUGUCAGUAGCACCGUAUCACAGCUAUCUAUAGUUUUACCAGGAAAUCCGGUUACCAGAGAAUACGAAGCCACUAAUCAUAUCGCGAGCGCUGGACCAGGACUACUGUGGAAGAUAUUCAGCGGAUUCAAGAAAUCCACCAACCAAGAGGCUUCAAUAUUAGUAUUAGAAAAGAAACAGUUGGGCAGAUUGUCAAAGAAAGAUCGCGAAGCUGUGCUAGAUACUUUGAGAAAAAGUAUCUCUCAAUUAGCUCGUUUAAGACAUCCUCAAAUUCUGGCGGUGCAACAUACUCUAGAAGAAUCACGAGAUAGUUUAGCUUUCGCUACUGAGCCAGUUUUUGCAAGUCUGGCAAAUAUUUUGGGUAAAGUAGACAACGUACCAGUUCCAGUUCCUGCCUCGGUGGAAAACUACAAAUUAUUCGAAGUUGAAAUAAAAUAUGGCUUGCAACAGAUUGCCGAAGGCUUUUCAUUUCUACACAACGAUGUGAAAUUAUUACACCGGAAUCUAUGUCCGCAGAAUAUAGUAAUCAACAAAAAAGGUGCCUGGAAAAUAUUCGGAUUUGAUUACAGCGUUCACUGUAUUAGUGGAGCAGAAGCUAUCGUAAGAUGGCCGACUAUCGAAUAUGCCAUGGAUGUACACGCAUUGGCUCAGCCAAGUUUAGAUUACUUGGCUCCAGAAUCCGCAUUAUCUUGCAAAUUAUUAGUGUCCAGCGAUGUGUUUUCAUUUGGGAUGUUGAUUUACACUUUGUACAAUAGAGGCCAUCCUCUUCAUUACUCCAAUAACAAUUGGACAACGUAUAACCUGAAUGUGUUGAAAUUUAAACGAAUUUCUAAUUCUGAUCUGUUAUCGAUUCCUCAAGAAAUUAGAGAAAUUGUUAAACUCAUGUUGAACUAUAUGCCCGAGCUGAGGCCAGAGUUUCAUGAUUUUUUAAAGUCUGAAUUUUUCGAUGAUGUUGGUAUCAAAGCAUUAAUUCAUUCGGAUUCCAUGUUUCAAUGGGAUAAUCUACAAAAAACACAAUUUUAUGAAGGAUUGCCUCAAAUUUUAGAAAAAAUUCCCCAUCGUGUAUGCCUAUUUAGGAUAAUUCCAUGUUUGUGGAAAGAAUUCGUCAAUCCAACCAUGGUGCCUUUUGUUUUACCAAGUGUAUUCGCCAUCUCCGAAGGUUGUACUAAAGAAGAAUUUACGCGAUAUAUUUUACCUUAUUUAAAACGAGUACUAAGGAUGCAAGAACCCGUGCAAAUUCAACUUAUCUGUUUGCAAAAAGUGGAACUGAUGCUGAAACUCGCUCUCGCCGAUGAAAUAGAAUCAGAAAUUUUACCCGUGUUAUAUCGAGCACUCGAGUGUAAUUCGCAACAGUUGCAAGAACAAUGUUUAUCUGUUAUACCCACUUUCGCUACCUUAAUCCAUUACCAGACGAUGAAUAGAGAUCUGCUGCCUCGUAUUGAAAAACUCUACAAAUCCAACUGCUGCGCUUCUGUUCGAGUGAAUUGUUUAGAUUGUAUCGGUAAACUAGUGGAGCAUUUAGAUUCAUGGGGAAUUCGGGUUGAUGUUUUAUAUUUCUUACUUUUUUUGAGAGUCAAAGAUCGCAAAGAGCCGGAAGUUCUGAUGAGUAUUGCAGGUAUUUAUAAGAAGAUUUUAAAUCAUAAAAAAGUUUCCGUUACUAAAAGAAUAAUAGCUGAGAAAAUGAUUCCAGUUUUGAUGUGUGUCGAAUUCGGGGAGGAGGUGCCGUUGCCGUUAGAGAUGCCUCUUAGUAUUGAGAAAUCUCUUACAGCGAAUCAGUUCAACGCUAUAAUGACUGUGGUAGAAGAAAUGGUCAAUGUGAUUGUAGCUGAAGACCCAGCUGAAAUCGAGCAACUUUGUUCAAUGCAAGAACAACAUAAGAAUUGCGAUUUCGGUACCAAUAACAACAUUUCUGAUGGUUUGGGCACAUCGCUGACAUCCCAAGAAAAGGAAGGAUUAUUAUUAUUAUUAUUCUUAUUCUCCGGUAACUUUUUCUUCUAAAUCAAAACCAGCUCCGAAGGACCUAAAUUCAACUCUGAUAAAUAGUAAUUUGGAAUAUUUGGAUAAAUGAAGUUGAAUACAUCUUUAUCAUCAAAACUACAUACCUAUUACCUACCUAUCAAAACCAUCGCUAACCAUCUCAUCGCUGCAAAUGUCUCCAAAUGCAAAUAUUGCAAAUAAUUUCAGCACUUUUCAUAAGUCCUAUCAACCGACGUCGUACAUAUCCAAUUCGAUGUCUGAUUUCAAUAAUUCGGAAUUCCGCAUUUCCUGCGCAGAAUGUACCCUUAAAUUCUGCAGGGCUUAGUCCAGCAGCGUUUUUCAUAAGAACAUCGCCAAUUAUUAUAAAUUUAUCUCUUGUCAUAAUAUAACGCGUUAUUAUGUAUUACCUACUUACGUUUCCUUUUUCCUAUUAGUUAAUAAUCGUGGGUAAACUAGUGGAGCAUUUAGAUCCAUGGGGAAUUAUUGUUGAUGUUAUACUUUUCAUACUUUUUUUGAAAGUCAAAGACCGCAAAGAGCCGGAAGUUCUGACGAGUAUUGCAGGUGGUUUAAGUAAAUAAAAAUUAUCAUAUUUUUCUCAGGUAUUUAUAAGAUGAUUUUAAAUCAUAAAAAAGUCGCCGUUCCUAAAAGAAUAAUAGCUAAGCAAAUGAUUCCAGUUCUGAUGUGUGCCGAAUUCGGGGAGAAGGUGCAGUCGCCGUUUCAGAUGCCUCUUAGUAUUCAGAAUUCUCUUACAGCGAAUCAGUUCAAUGCUAUAAUGACUGUGGUAAAAGAAAUGGUCAAUGUGGUUGGAACUGAAUACCGAUGAGCUGAAAUCGAGCAACUUGGUUCAAUGCAAGAACAACAUAAGAAUUUGGAUUUUGAUAUCAAUAACAACAUUUCUAAUAGUUCGGACACAUCGCUGACAUCCCAACAAACGGAAGAUGAAUUACAAGAUUCAAAAUGAAUAUUUCCGAUAGGUGUAUAAAAAAAAGGAAAGCAAGCCACUGAAUUUACGUGAAAAACAAUGCUUAUUUAAACAAGGCGAGCAUGCACCGUCGUCUCGAAUAGAGCCAGUAAUUAAUCCUACACCGAUCACUUCUUCUAAAUCGAAACCAGCUCCGAAAGACCUAACUUCCGGCUUUCAUAAAUAGUAAUUUGGAUGAAGUGAAGUUGAAUACAUCUUGAUCAUCAAAACCAUCGCCAAACAUCUCCUCGUUGCAAACGUCUCUAAAUAUUCAAAAUAAUUUCAGCACUUUUCAUAAUACCUAUCAACCGACGACGACGUACAUGGCCAGUCAAUAAUCGUGGUCUUACUUUCAAGAGGGGCACAUUCUUGGCCGAUUACAUUUUUACAUCACCAGAUUCAAACGAUUUUGAUUUUUGAUGCACUUUGUAAAUAUUUAAUACAAUUUUAUUCAUUUUUUUGUUAAUAA